AUGGCGCUCUUCGGCGCGCAGACGCCGCGCGAGAUCCAGGCGCUGCCGCCGCAGUCGCUGGAGCUCGUGGUCACGGACGACGACGCCAGCGCGAUCGCCGCCGUCAAGGCGCUCAUCCCCGGCACGGCGGCCGUCGACAACUUCGUCGUCCAGUUCGCCAACGGCUCGACGCAGCGCUACGUCAAGUGGGGCGCAUUCACGGAGGCCGAGCACGCCUUCGUGCGCGUCUUCCGCGAGCCGGCCGCGCCGCGGCUCCGCUUCGAGGUCCGCUGCGACGCGGGCGCCGCGCUCGGCCCCGCGUGCCUCGGCCGCUUCGCCAACGGCCAGCUCGAGGCCUGGCUCGUCUACCACGGGCCGCUCAAGGCGCCCUUCCCGCCCGCGGCGCCCUGGGCCGACUCCGUCGCGGCGAAAUUCGCGGCGUUCCACGCGUACCGCCCGCCGCUGCACCUCCUCGACGUCGCCAAGUCGCAGCCCGGCUGCUGGCCCCGGCUCGUCGACCUCUUCGCCACAGCGCGGGCGCCGGAGACGGCGCGCGCCGUCGCCCGGCGCUGGGACGGCGCGGCCGCGCUGAUCGCGGGCCUCGACCUCGACAGCGACGAGCUCGACCGGCGCCUCUUCACGCUCCGGCGCCGCGCGCCGCCGGGCGCGCGCGUCGCCUUCUGCCACAACGACGCCGCGAAGCGCGUCCUCCUCCGCGGCGACGACCUCGACGCGGCGUUCUGCGGCCUCGAGCGCGCGGGCCCGAACUACGCGGCGCUCGACCUGGCCCACUACGCCAACGCCGACGCGGCGAAGCCGCCGGGCCUCGACGACCGCCGCGCCUUCCUCGAGGCCUACCUCGCCGCCCUCCACGGCCGCCGGCCGGCGCUCGGCGACGUCAGCGCGCUCCUCAGCGACGUCUGCUUCUUCACGGUCGUCGACAACUACCUCCGCGGCUUCGCGGCCCUCGCCGCGGCCGCGUCCGGACCGGCCCACGAGGCCGCGGGCCUCGUCCUCGAGGCCCAGGCGCGGCUCCAGCACGCGCGCGCGCAGCAGUACGUCCUCCUGGCGACGUACCGCUACACCGUGGUCUGCUGCGGGGGCCUGUCGCUCCUCCUGACGACGGUGACCCUGGGCCAGAUCGCGCGCAAGGGGGGCAACGUCUGCUGGCUCGUCGUGUCGCCCCUGGCCCCGCUGGUGCCCUCGGCGAAGCGGCGCGCGGAGCAGGCCGAGCGGCGCCUGCCCAUCUACCUCCGCCUCAACGCCUUCACGUCGCUGAGCUACUGGCUCCUCAGCCUCACGGUCGUCGCGCACGUGCCCCUGAGCCGGCACCACGACAAGGUCUGCAACCCGACGGCCGUGCUCCUGGCCGGGUCGCUGCUGACGACGAUCAUCUUCAGCGGCUUCGUCGCGCCGCGGCUCACGCUCCUCAUCGUCCACCGGCGGCGGCCGUUGGGCGACGUCGCGAAGCGGCUGCGCCGCGCGGCGACGGUGCUGCCGCCGCUGUGCUACGCGGCGUGCGCGGUGGCGCUGGGGCUGCGGUCGCGGCAUCUGCACGUCUGCGUGGACCUGCCGCGGACGCUCGUCUACUUCCAGGUGCCCCUCGUGCUGCUCUGGGCCCUGGCGUUCGCGCACGGAGGCUACGCGGGCGCGCUCGUGUCGCGCGCCGCCGCGCGGCACGCGGCGCACGCGGCGGGCACGGACGAGGAGCGCGGGCCCGCGGGCGAGAGCGGGCUGGGCGCCAUGUCGACGACGUCGACGUACCGCCAGUUCCUCUUCGGGCGCCUCUUCCUCGCGACGUGGAUCUUCUACGUGUCGAGCUCGAUCUGGUGGGCGUUCACGCGCGGCCGCGUGCUGUCGCCCAUGCUGCCGCCCUUCUGGAUGACGCUGGCCAACUCCGCCAUCCUAUCGUUGGCCGGGUCCUUCCACUGCAUGCUCACGGUGGCGUCCGACGCCUUCCUGGAGCGGGGGCGCUUCCGCGCGGGCCGGCUCUCCGCGGCGUCCGACGAAGCCGCGGCGGAGCUGCGGAAUUCGCUGCGCCGCGCGGCGUCGAGCGUGCGCUGGAGCCGCGACGGCCAGGACAUGUCGACGGCGUCCCUCGUCGCGUCGACGCCGGGCCUCAGCGAGGCGUCGUCGGUGGACGGCUUCGCGUUCUCCGCGGGGCGCGGCGCCGAGGCCGUCACGGACCUGGACCUCUUCAUGCGCCGCGCGCUGCCGGGCGGCGACGCGCCCGCGGCGCCCGUCUUGGAGCGGUCCCUCGUCGCGACGACGAUGAACUGCGCCGAGGCGAAGACGCUCCGGGAGCUGCUGGUCGGCGAGCCGGCCGAGGAGAAGUCCGUCCGCGCGGCGGCCGCGCCGGGUCUGGACCUCGGCGACGUCGCGGGCGCGCUGGGCAACGCGGCGUCGUCCGUCGUCUCGGCGUCGCUGUCCGGCGCGACGUCCGUCGUCGAGAAGGCGGGGUUACGGCCCCGGGCGAAGACGCACGGGUCCCAGCGCUACGUCGCGGACGCGGAGACCCUGGCCGCGCUGAAGCGCUGGCUCCCGCGGGGCCGCGACGUCUACGCCGUCGCCGUCCAGGAGUGCAUGUGCUGGGACGAGCUCCGGUGCGGCGUCGUCCAGGCGCUCAACGACGGCCCCGACGAGGGCGACGGCGUCGGCGACGGCGACGAGCCGGGCAAGGAGCGGGCCCGGAGCGCGUCGUCGUCGGGCGGCCGCGCGCCGCUACCGGAAACGCCGGGCCCCUACGUGCAGCUCGCCUUCACGUCCAUCGGGUCGCGGCGCAUCAAGGGCCACAUCGGCGUCGCGGUCUUCGCGCGGCGCGCGGACGUCGAGGGCGGCUACGUGCGCCUCGGCGACGACCGGCUCGCGGAGGCGCCGCCGGACGACAAGUUCCACGACGACUGCGCGGCCUGCGAGCGCGCGGCGGCCCACGUGCCCCUGGGGACGAACCUGGGCGUCGUCGGGCGGUCGGCGAACAAGGGCUGCGCGGGGCUGCGCGUCCGCGUCGGCGACGCGCACUGCGCGUUCCUCUGCGCGCACCUCCCCGCGGACGCGAGCGGCCACGCGCGCCGCGAGCUCCGCAACGCGUGCGCGGGCGCGUCCCUCAAGUCCGCCGGCGAGCAGAUGGGCUUCAUGAUCGACGGCGGCUUCACCUACGCCGGGGCGCACCUCGCGGCGUGCACGCACGCGUUCUUCCUCGGGGACCUGAACUACCGGUCCGUGCCGCCGUCCCUCGAGCACGCGCGGAGGAACACGCUCGGCCGCGUCGCCGAGGCGCUCGCCGCCGAGGCGUCCGGGGAUCGGGACGGUGCGGAGCGGGCCUGGGACCGGGCGGUUAUCAACGACGAGCUCGGCCGCGAGCGGCGCGCGGGCCGCGUCUUCGCGAGCUUUGACGAGCCGCCGCUGAGGUUCGCGCCGACGUUCCGGCGGAAGAUGGGGCCCGUGGGCGUCGUCGACGCGUCGGCGGCGCCCGGGGCCGACGCGCUGUGCGAGGCGUACACGCUCUUCAAGGACGAGUCGAAGCCGGGCAAGGACGGGGCCCGCGAGCCCGCGACGCUCGAGUCCGCGCUGGCGCGCGCGCGGCAGCGCCUCUCGACGCACCCGCCGGACCACCCGAACGCGCUGGCGGACGCCGCCGCGGCGGCGGCGGCCGUCGCGGGGCUCCGGUCGCCGUCCUGGACGGACCGCGUGCUCGUCCACAGCCUGCCGCGCGCGAAGGCGGAUCUCGACGUCGGCGCGUACGACUCCGUCGAGCUCCCGGGCCGCAGCGACCACCACCCCGUGCGCCUCGCCUGCGUCUUGAGGGCGGACCCGGCGCGCGUCGACCUGCUGGAGAAGGCGGCGCAGGACCGCUGCGACGCCGUCGACGUCACGGUCGCGCUCGACAAUUUACGGGUCGAGGGGUUCUCGUCGCUGUCGUCGUUCGACAAGCUCAUCGACGACCUCACGUCCGACGGCACGCCGACCUUCUGCACGUCGGACACGCCGCUCCCGGGCGGCGCGUCGCCGCCCUUUGGGAGCCACAGCGGCGCGAGCUCGGCGCUGAGUAGCCUCGGCGAGACGGAGCAGCGGUCCGUGAAGCAGCUCGUCGCGGUCGACGGCGGCAAGGACGACAUCGACCGCGCGUCCCUCUUCUUCCCGCUGCCCGUGGAGGACGUCCACGCGGCGCGGCGCCACGAGGCGGCCGUCUCCGCGGCCCUCGAGCAGCGCGACCUCUUCGGCGACGGCGAAUCCACGGCGUUCGCGGACCGGAAGCGGGCCGAGGGCGACGCCGCGCGCGAGCCCUGGGACCGGCGCGCGGUCAAGCUCCGCGCGGACCGCGUGCCCUGCCGGCUGGACGGCGACGACGUGCGCAUCUUCCCGCGCCACUGCCUCGUGUCCCUCGACACGCGCGAGGGCGGCGGCGGCGACGACGGCGCGGGGCCGGGCGACCACCGCUGCUGCGCCUUCGCGCUCGUGCCCCUGCCGGAGGGCCCGCCGCCCUGCGAGGCCGACUUCCGCGCGCCCCUGAGCCUCAGCGGCCACGCGCGGGGCACGCUCGUCGGCCGCGUGUCCCUCUCGCGGCCGCGCGGCCGGAGCCGGUCCCAGCCGGGCAAGCCGGGCGCGCGCGAGCGGCCGAGCGGCCUCGGCCUCUCCGGCACGAAGUCGACGCGCUUCGUCCUCGCGCCCCCGCCGACCUCCGCGCGCGCGGCCAAGCCCGAGUAA